AUGGGCGCAACGAAACCGGCUUCUAAGGGCAAAGGCGCCAAAGGAAAAUCUGGCGGCAGCUCCAGUAAAUCCUCGAAGUCGAAAUCGAAACCUACUGGAAGUGCGCCAGAGGGCAUAUCGAAGCGCAAGCAAAAGUCAUUAUCGUUAGCCAAACCAGGUGGCGAGCAAAAGACCAAAUCAAUCGUCUCAAGAGAUGGCAAAAAGAAAAAGAGGGUAUAUACAGAGAAAGAGCUGGACAUCCCAGCACUCAACGGCAUCAUCCCCGCUGGCAUUGCGAAGCCAAAAGGCGUGAAGAAGGGAAAGAAGUUUGUGGACGACCCGGCCAGCAUGAUGGCAAUCAUGUCCGUUGUCAACGCCGAGAAAGAAGGCCACCUCGAGUCCAAGAUUGCCAAAGCGCGCCAGCUAGAGGAGAUCCGUGAAGCCAAGAGAAAAGAAGCUGAGGCGAGAAAAGAAGACAAGGAGGCCAAAUUUGAGGAGAGGAAACAGGAUCUCAAGAAGAAGAAGAGGAAGAGGCACAGCGAGCCGAGUGCAAAGAGUGACGAGGGAGACAAGAUCAAGGAAAAGGAAAGGAAGUUCAAGCAAAAGAAGAGGGUUAGCUUCGGCUGA